AUGAACUUCGAAGUACUGCUACAGGUGACAUCGACGACUCCCUACCUGAUAAUUAUCGCUCUGUUUAUUCGUGGAAUCACGUUGAAGGGUGCUGGUGUAGGAGUUUAUCAUUUUCUUGGAAAACCGGACAUGACGAAGCUGCUCAAACGUGAGACCGCGGUUGCUCGCACUAUCCAAGACAACGGUGGAAAAGCUCUGAAUGUGACGUGUCUUAGAAGCAAUAGAAAUGGGAUGGACUCGUGGAUUGUAGUGUUGGGCAUAAUUGUAAUGAGCAUUUUUGGUGGCCUUGCUGUUUUCUCUACUCUUGGUUACUUGUCGCAUGAGCUGCGGAAACCUAUUGACGAAGUUGUAACUAGUGGGCUGUCGUUAGCAUUUGUCGCCUAUCCAGAAGCAAUGGCAAAAAUGCCAUGGCCAACUCUAUGGGGACUCAUGUUCUUCAGUAUGCUUUUCUUUCUCGGAGUCAGUUCACAAGCA